AUGACGGCGGGGACAGGCGGAGCGGGGGGGUCAAGGGUGGUGGAGAGCGGGGGAAGCGGGGACAGUCGGGAGUGGGAGAUGGGAGAGGGGAGAAUGCGUGGAGGGCGCGUGAACAUCGUUCCGCGGCAAGACGCGGUGGAGGAGAAGCGGGCGGGCACGGCUGCAAGGGGAGUGCGCGUGGGGGAGGUGGUGCGGGGCAGCGGCGUGGAGGAGGGAGGGCUGGCAGCCGCGUCACACAUGAGCGCGCGUGAGGGCGAGCACGUGGAACAAGGCUGUGCUGCAGGGGUGGGAGCGAGGGCAGCAGCAGGGCGAGGAGACAGUGCGGCAGCAAAGGAGCGGGGCACAGCAGGCCCGCUCUCACACGCGCACACACAGCCCACACCCACGUGUGCUGACCUGCCUGUGCUGGCCGCCGUGACGCCAGGGUCAGCCCCCACGCUAGGGGCAGCAGACCCCUGGUCAGACGCGCCCUUCAGUGUGGGCAGUCACAGGAGCGCCCAUGCGGAUGCAUGCGCAUCAAUGGAGGGCCACCUGUGCAAGGAGCCAUCUCUGCUCGUCUUCUCAGGAGGCACGGCGUUCAACGCGGUGGCGGAGGAGCUGCACGAGUGGACCACCGCCGUGGCGCACGUGCUGCCCGUCUCCGACGAUGGCGGCAGCACCGCAGAGAUCGUGCGCGUCAUAGGUGGGCCUGCCAUCGGUGACAUUCGCUCGCGCUGCCUGCGCCUGUCCGACGGGUCGAGCCACGAGGCCAGAGCAGUGCGGCGACUGCUGGGACACCGCCUGCCACUGCACCCCGCGCAAGCCAAAGCAGAAAGGCUGAGCAUAGUGGAGGGCGAGCAUGAGCUGUGGGGGGGCGUGCCGGAUCCGUACAAGGAGAUCAUCCGCGCCUUCCUCCUGCACUUCCACUACCAGAUCCUCCGCAAUGCAGGCCGUCGCUUCUGCUUCCAGCAUGGCAGUGUGGGCAACUUCUUCUUCUCAGGCGCGCGCUCCUUCUUCCGCUCGCUCGACGCCGCCAUCUUCCUCUUCUCCCGCGUCUCCAACAUCCCGCAGCGCAGCCUCGUGCUGCCCUGUGUCUGCACCAACGACCGCUUCACUCUCGGCGCCGAGCUCUUUGACGGCAGCAUCAUCCGCGGGCAGAACGACAUCUCACACCCCGCUGUCGUGGACAGCCCACGCCACCUGCCACUCUCCGUCGACAAGUCGUCUGACGCGUCGCCUCCUCUGCCCGCGCCCAUCCGCCGGGUGUUCUACAUGUCGAGUGAAGGCACCAACCUGCUGCAUGAGGUGUUCCCACGGGUGAAUCCGCGAGUGCUGGAGCACAUCGCAUCAGUGGAUGCCAUCAUCUAUGGCAUUGGCUCCCUCUUCACCUCCAUCUGCCCCUCCCUGAUCUUGCGAGGGGUGGGAGAAGCAAUCGCUGCACGAGCAUGUCCCAAGGUGCUAGUGCUGAACGGGUCACUGGACCGUGAAACAGCGGGCAUGGCGGCGUCAGACUUCGUGCUGGCCAUCUGCAACUGCCUCAUCCGCACCUUCGGAGACGACUCCCGCCACCGCCUCACCCACUCGUCUAUGCACUAUGUGACGCAUCUUAUCGCACCAGAGGGAGGAGCCAUUCCCCUUGACCAUGAACGCCUCACAUACUUGGGAGUCACCUCUGUGACUAUGGUGCCCUCACCUCCCUGUGAAAGCAGUACUGGAGUGCAUUAUGAUGUGCAUGCGCUUGUCACAACAUUGAAGGACCUCCUUACCAAACAGAUGGCCAGCCAAGUAACCACCUGA